AGACAGAAGUAGAGAAAGAAGGACAAGUUGUGGGUGGGGCCAAACUGGGGGAGAUAAAGCCACAAAAAUGGGCCAAUAGAAGUGCCAGGCUGAUAAAGCGAGAGGGGAAGAAGAGAGGGAGGAAGACAAAGCAAGACAAGAAGACAGAGAGACACGGGUCUUGACGAGGAAGGAUUCUCUACAAGAAAGUCACAGGAUUUAAAAAAAAAAAUGGCCCUGAUAUUUUUAAACAGAAACUAACUCAAUGUUUCAUUUCAUAGGAUCUUUCUGUAAAAACUAUUUUUUGCUUACCUGCUUCCCCCGCUUUGGUGUGGGGGGAGUCUAACUGUUGCACUGGACCUGCUGAGGAAAACACAGGAGCGGAGAAGGGGCACCCGGAAGAGACAGGGUGCCGCCAGGUCGAGCAGGAAGCUUGAGCAUAGGCUCCGUGGAGUAAUGAGGACGGCAAGGCGGGCCAGCAAUGUGGAGGUUCCCUCCUUCCUACGACAGCUGGUGAAAGAGACAGAGAAGAUGGUCACCUUCUUCUUCAAAGGGGGGUCCAGGGAGACAGGACCUGGGGAGGAGGACAGUUUGGAUGAGAAUGAUGCAAUGCCCAGUCCGUACCUGGAACGGCCCAUCUUGGAGAAGUAUGUGUCAGAGGGGGGAUCUCAUUUGGGGUUGAACUAUGCUGUGGCUAGCAUGCAGGGUUGGAGGGCUCAGAUGGAGGAUGCGCACACCUGUAUGCCCCAGCUGAGAGGAGAGCUGCGAGACUGGGGAUACUUUGCUGUUUUUGAUGGGCACGCGGGCACCACAGUGGCACAGUACUGUGCCAGACACCUGUUGGAUCAUCUCCUGGCUACAGGUGGGAUCAAAACAAACGAGGACCCCGAGCAAGUAAAGGAGGGCAUCCGUGAGGGCUUCCUAGACAUUGAUCGUCAGAUGCACAAAAUGGCACGUCAGGACAGCUGGGACCGAAGUGGCUCCACCGCAGCAGCUGUCCUGAUUUCACCACGCCACGUUUACUUUAUCAACUGCGGGGACUCCCGCACCCUGCUCUGCCACGACAGCCAGGUGGUCUUCUACACUGAGGACCACAAGCCGUUCAACCCCAGAGAAAAGGAGCGGAUCCAGAACGCUGGAGGCUCGGUGACCCUGCAGAGAAUCAAUGGCUCGCUGGCAGUUUCCAGAGCGCUGGGAGACUUUGACUUCAAGGAGGUGGACUGGAGGUCGCAGACAGAGCAACUCGUGUCACCAGAGCCAGAGGUGUACGAGCUGGAGAGGACGCCUGAAGACGAGUUCCUAAUUCUAGCCUGUGAUGGUGUGUGGGACGCCAUUGGAAAUGAGGAACUGUGUGCCUUUGUGCGCAAUCGUCUGCAGGUGUGCGAUGACCUGAGGGAGAUUUGCACCCAGGUCAUUGACCUCUGUCUCUAUAAGGGCAGCCUGGAUAAUAUCAGCAUCAUCAUUGUCUGCUUCUCUGGCGCCCCCCAGGUGUCACAGGAGGCACUGCAGCAAGAGGCAGAGCUUGAGCAACAGAUUGAUAUGAAAGUGGAAGAAAUUAUCCAGAUGAUGAGGUCCAGAGAUGAGGACCCUGACCUUCUGUAUGUGAUCAAAUUCCUGGCAGCAGAAGCGAUGCCAGGGCUUCCCCCAGGAGGAGGCAUCACCAGCAAGCGAGACUGCAUCAUCUCAGCAUAUCAGAAACAUGUCAUGGCUCUAAGGACUCAGGAGCCUAUGGACAUUGAAGGAUCAGAGGAAGACUCAAACUAAAGCCAUAAAGACUCAACACUGGGAGACCGUGAUGCUUUUUAGAUGUGCACUACACUAAGAACAAUUCUUUAAGUAACAUGUUCUUUUUGGGUAUAGCCACACAUAUACGCUGUACAGUCACUUCAAAUUAAAUUUAAAUUAAACA